AUGCUGCGCUACGCAACACUGCUGCGGUUGCAGCUAUUAGCAUUUGCAGUGCCUACGCAGCAUAUCGUGUCUAUGCAUCGCGCUUCUUCAGCAGCAGCCCCUUUCCAGGUACGCCGAUCAUCGCGGAAUUCUACAGUCCACGCAGCUACCGCGCACUGUAGUGGUUCAUCUCAGGCUGAAGAGCAUGGAAGUCACACGACCUGUGCACCCACAGGUUGCAUCCCCCAAGACCAGCAGCAACAGGAGGCUGCGGAGUCCAACGCCAGGGAGUCGUUGAAGAAUCUGGAGUUGACAGCUGCAGCAGAGGCAAGGGUGAGUUCACAACAGACAAUACGGCACGAAAUAUCGCACUACCCGGUAGUACUAUUCAUGAAGGGCAAUGCUUCGAAGCCUGCCUGCAAAUUCAGCAGACACGCUCUCGACAUAUUGAAGGCGUCGAGGGUACCGACCAUACGCACGGUAAACGUGCUCGAAGACCCGGAGCUCCGGGCAGGCAUAAAGCGCUUCUCCGACUACCCGUACAUACCGCAGCUCUACGUGCGAGGCGUUUUUAUUGGCGGGCUGGAGAAGCUGAUUGCGAUGCACGAGGACGGGUCCCUAAAGAAGUGUAUAGAAGGUUAG